AUGACUACUAAUAAUGAACAAACCCUCGACAACUGCUCUGCCCUCAUCCUGCGCGCCGACCAUAGCCUGUUGAAGUGGGGCGCCCUCAAGAAGAAAGAAGAAGACGCGGCCGCGAUUUUGCUGCAGAAGAAAGUCGCCCAGUACGUCGCCGGCGAGUACGAGGAGGCGAAAAAGAACUACACGGCGGCCCGGGGAGCAACGGAAGCCGAGAACGGCCACUACGAUAAGCUGAUGGAGGGCAUCGAGAAGGACAACGGCGUCAAGGUCCUGGAGUCGCGGCGCUGCGGCGAGGACUACGCCAAGUCUAACAGGGGCCGUAGUCCCUCUCGCAAGCCGCAACGCGUCGACCUGCCCGACCCCAUCCGCUUCAAGGACCUGCACGAGCGCCCGACGCAAGCCGCCGCCGCCAUCGUCAUCGCCGACGACACCACGUCCGUCGAGCCGGAGGACACCGCCCCGCCCACCACCAACAACAAGCCGGCCAAAGCCGAUGAGCGCGCCGACGCGCCGGAGGACGCGAAGGAGAAGAAGACCGAAGAGAAGCCGCAGCAGCCGCCCAACCCCGAGCCUCAUCCGCCAAAAAUGAUGAACAGCCACCCCGGGGAUACUACGGCAACCAGCGCCUCUUCCUCCAGCCAAUCCGACCCCACGACCGCCGAGCAAGGAAACCCCACCCUCCUCGAUCGCACGAAAGGGCUCGCUGCAGACUUUUUCAAGGCAUAUGCUCAC